AUGGACACUCUAAACCAAACAAGAGUGACUGAAUUUGUCUUCUCGGGACUCACUGAUAACUGGGUGCUGGAGAUACUGCUUUUCAUGGCAUUCUCAGCCAUUUAUGUGCUAACGCUUGUGGGGAACAUUCUCAUCAUCAUUGCCACAGUCUUUACUCCACGUCUCCAUACCCCCAUGUAUUUCUUCCUGAGCAAUCUGUCUUUUAUUGACAUCUGUCACUCAUCUGUCACCGUGCCUAAGAUGCUGGAAAGUUUGCUUUUGGAGAGAAAGACCAUUUCCUUUGACAACUGCAUCACACAGCUCUUCUUCCUCCAUCUCUUUGCCUGUGCUGAGAUCUUUCUGCUGAUCAUUAUGGCGUAUGAUCGUUAUGUAGCUAUCUGUACUCCACUCCACUACUCCAGUGUGAUGAACAUGAGAGUCUGUGUACAGCUUGUCUUUGCUCUCUGGUUGGGGGGUACUGUUCACUCACUAGGGCAGACCUUCCUGACUAUUCGUCUACCUUACUGUGGCCCCAACAUAAUUGAUAGCUACUUUUGUGAUGUGCCUCUUGUUAUUAAGCUGGCCUGCACAGAUACAUACCUCACAGGAAUACUGAUUGUGUCCAAUAGUGGAACCAUCUCCCUCACCUGUUUCUUGGCCGUGGUCACCUCCUAUACAGUCAUCCUGGUUUCUCUUCGAAAACACUCAGCUGAAGGGCGCCAGAAAGCCCUGUCUACCUGCUCGGCCCACUUCAUGGUGGUUGCCCUCUUCUUUGGGCCAUGCAUCUUCAUCUAUACUCGGCCAGACACCAGCUUCUCCAUUGACAAGGUGGUGUCUGUCUUCUACACAGUGGUCACGCCUUUGCUGAAUCCUUUCAUUUAUACCUUGAGGAACGAGGAGGUAAAAAGUGCCAUGAAGCAGCUAAGGCAGAGACAAGUUUUUUUCAUGAAAUCAUAUACAUGA